AUGAGGAAAGCAAUUCAUAUAAAAACUGGAAAUAUUACACCAAUUAUUUAAAGGAUUAUUUAAAAAAAAAAAUUAAAAAAUCUCGAUCAAAAAUUUUACUACUGAAACAAAUUCACUUUAAUUCGGACAAAACUAAUAAAAGAAUUUUAAUAAAAUAUUUUCGAAAAUCUUUUCUUUGAUUUUGACCAUAUGACAAUCAAUAUUCUAUACAUUUUAUGAUUUUACAAAAAAAAAAAAAAGAGAAAAACAAAAUUAAUUCAAAAUGCCGAAAAUAUUUUUAAUUAAAAAUCGUUUACAUCAACAACAAUUACGUUUAUUAGAACAACAAAAUAAUUUAUUAAAUAAAGAUUCAGAUGCAAAUCGUUUAGUACCACCAUUAAGUCCAACACAUGAUCAUCAUAAUAUUGAUGAAGAUGAUUUACAUAAUGAUCGACAUCAUUCAAAUCGUCAUCAUAAUAAUAAUAAUAAUAAUCGUUCACCAUCACAUCAUUUUCAAAAUAAUAGCAAUAAUAAUUAUCAAAGACAUCAAGAACAACAACAACAACAACAACAACAGCAAGAAAAUAAUCAUUUAAAUUUAGAUUUAACAUCAAAUCGUUAUAAUACAGAUCAUCAUCAUCAUCAUCAACAUCAUCAUCGUUAUAUUAAUGAUCAUUAUAAUGAUAAUAUUGAUAAAAAUCCAUUUAAUCAACAACAUUUUAAUGAUAAUAAUAGUAAUAAUAAAGAUUUAUUACAACAAGAAAAACAAUAUUUACAACAAAAUGAAGAACAAUUGUUACAAAAACAGCAACAACAGCAACAACAACAACAGGAGAGAGAUAAUAAAGAACAUCAAAUACAGCAACAAAAACAACAGCAUGAUCAACAUCAUCAACAACAUCAUAAUGAACAAAAACAUGAUAAAAUUGAAUUAAAUCAUAAUGAUAUUGAUGAUAAUUUAGAAAAAUUUGAAAAUUUAAAUACAAAUGAUAAUAAUGAUAAUGAAAAACAUCAUGAUAAUAAUAUUGUACAUGAUGAUGAUUGUGAAGAUGAUCAACCAUUAUCAUUGGUAUCAAAAAAUAAAAGGAAUUCUGAUGAAAAGGAUUUCGAUGAUAAAGGUAUUGUGGAGUUCAAUAAUUUAAAAACGAAAUUUUUAUAAUUUCAAUGAUCAAAAUGUUAAAGGUAUAUGAAUUAUAAACUUUAUAU